AACAGUGACGUCAGAAUCAACGUCGCCAUUUUGGAAAACAGUGAAUAUUGUAGCGUAGGGAAACACUGGGGACGUUGUUAAGGAAAAGAGCGUUUAGCAACGCUUUUUAUUUUAAGGUUUUUGUUUUCAAGAAAAAUGUCGGAUCACGAAGAGACUCAGCCACAGGUUGAAGAGACUGGUGAAGAAAAGCAGGACUCUCAGGAGAAGGAGGCUGUUACACCGGAAAAGGCAGAGGAAGCAAAGCUGAAGGCCAAGUAUCCCAACUUGGGACAGAAACCAGGCGGGUCUGAAUUCCUGAUGAAAAGAUUACAAAAGGGGCAAAAGUACUUUGAUUCUGGUGAUUACAAUAUGGCCAAAGCAAAUAUCAAGAACAAACAACUACCAGCUGCAGGACAAGACAAGAAUCUUGUAACAGGGGAUCACAUCCCAACACCACAAGACCUACCACAGAGGAAAUCCUCGCUUGUAACUAGCAAGUUGGCGGGGUAACCUCCUAUGAUGAGCAACAUAAGAUAAACUUACUGUAUGAUAGGGCUGGGAUGGAACAGAAUUCACUAAAAUCAUUCAGACCUCUGUUGUUUCUGUUACGGAAAAGGUAACUCUUUUGGACGUGACCAACAUUGAUGUCAACUUCCAACACAGAACAUUUGGACAGGAAAGCUCAGAGACCAUAAGGGGAGCACUGGGUUGGGAGGUAGUCCAGGAAACCAUUUUUACUAUCAUUUUUAUAUUUGAUUCUUAAAGCUUUCAAACCCAUAAUCUUUAGGAGUGCAGGCUCCAGAAGAAAAUGAACUGUAGCUGUUUGGGUUACUACAAAAGUUUUUGUGGUUUUUGUUUUCUUAAUGGAUUGCAGUCUGUAUGAGUUCAGCAAAAAGUGGUCUGCAGUUACUGUUCUCUGUAUUAUCAGCCCUGUUUGGUUUGUAAUUUUUAGGUGGCUGUAGAAGGAGUUAAGUUGUAUCCACCAUAAGUACUACAAAGCUAAGUGCAUCGUGUGUGACAUUUAGUUGAUGCUGGUAUAAAAUGGAGUAAAGAAUGCAUAAACUUACUUCAAAUUUAAUGUGUCAGAUGACCAUCAAAGCAAAACAUGGAAUAACAAAGUCCGACUCUUGGCUGUCAAGUCAUGAUGGACUUGUAUAGUACACAGAACAUGAGGGACUUGAAAUUUUGAGAGCUGUAGGGCCAGUUUACUUCCUUUGUUUGCUGAUUGUAACUAUUGAUUUGGUAAUAUUGUUCAGGGGUUAUGUGAAGAAUACAUGCUUGCCUGUUGUGUGAAGCACGCAGUUCUCCAAAAGGAAGUUGUACCGUUAUAGUACAUCUUUUCUGAUGGCACUGUUACUGCUUUAGGUCUCUCUUUUUCUGGUCAUAAAGUAGUUUAUUAAAUGCUAAAGUAGUGGUCUUGUGACAGUAGCAGAUUUCAACACUAGCGAGUUGAAAGCUGGUACAGACUUCCACUAACUUGCUGUCUCAAUUUGACAAGGGGCACCUCCUUGUAACAGUACUAAAGGUAAGCUGUCCUUCUUGGUAGAGUAGUGGUUUGACUGCUACUUAGCCUUGCAACAUCUUUAUAAAGCCUUUUGUUCAGUGAUAAAAAAAAAAUCUGUUUUGUGCAAAAAAGCAUAUGUUGUAUAAUAGCUAUAAAAUCCAUUUCCCUGAUUAAAGAGCACUACUGUGUGGGAGAUGCUCAUUUCACCCUGUCCAGCAACAGUCUCAUAUUCCAUGUAUGCUGCACAUUUUUUGUUUGACUUGCAGUUCACUUAACUGUUCUGGAGACUUCUUUAAGAAACAACUUCUGAGCGUUUGCUUCAUUUGUGUUUUGUGCAUUUGUACAAGCUAUAAUGCUAAAUUUUAAUUAAAAAUUAAAGCAGGCCGUGUGAUUUUUUUUGCUGAGGGAGACCUUAGAAAUUAUGCAACUUAAUGAAAGCUGCAUUAUGUCCAUUUUUUUGUUACAGUAAAAUUUGAACAGCUUAAUGUUUUUCGUGUCUCAGUGUUGCAGUCCUGACUUGUGGGAUUUCCUGCUGUGGAAGCCCUUGACCGGCUCGACUACCAAAGUAGAAAUCUCCCUCCCAAGGCUGGCUGACUUCCUACACUGAUGUCAGUAUGCUUGGGUAUUAAAGGGAGCCAGCCAACCCCAUGACGUCAGUCUUUUCUUACCAUUGAAGCAGUGUUUCAGUGCCCUCAGUUAGUCCACACCAGAGGAAGUCUUCUAAGUACCCUUUUGGGGAGUUUUCUUGCUUUAACUCAUGUCAGGUAAGGGUAACAAUCGUCUCCGUUGUGGUAUGUAAAUCCUAUACUGAGACUUUCAUACGUUGAGUGUCACCUGUCUAGGCCCAGAUCACGACGUCCCUAGUUGCUGUUUUUCCGCCUGUUUCAAUUCUAGGACUGUCGGGCGUAGGGCUGAAAUCUUAGCUAGGUGUCUUAGUCUGCCAUUUUCUUUGCAACAUUCGAUGAUGUCCUCUGGUUGUCCGAGAAUAAGCAGCCUAAGUGUAGGAAGGGCAAAGAAAAAAGACCCAAACUUAGGGCCUCUGACGACAACCGUUCACCAUCUGCCAGUCGCCAAGGCUCAUUAUCGCUGAGGAAAGCGAGGCUCUUUCGCAUCCCCCUUCUGUGAUGGAGUUGGCGGCCAGGCCUCUGUCAAGACUUGUUCAGAGUCUGACAUGCAGUCGGGUCCCACAACUUCUGCACAGGCCUUGGCUUUCGGUUCAUCGGUUGGAUCUGGAGUCGCUCAGCAGACCUCCGCUUCUGACAAGCUAUCUUAUACCAGCAACAUUCGUUUGAAGUGUCGGCCUGCAUCGGUUUUGCCUGACAGUCUGGCAUCAGGGUUGAGGAUGUACCUAGGCCAAAGCUACUCCUAAAAAGGGUUCUUCAUCAGACCCUAUGCCUAGGCAUAACGACUACCAUGCAGUAGGUUAUCAGCAAGACCUGGUCAGGUUAGCUGAAGACCUUAUCUCCUUGGUCAGAGCUAGGCAACCUCCUUUGGAGUCUUCCCCAGAGAAAAGGAAAGAGGGAUCCUACCCCUGAAGUUUUCUCUAAACCGCUUGAUUCAAAUGAGGAUUCUGAUCAUCAAGGGUCUGCCUUUGAGGAGGAACCCUUCCUUGCUUCUUUUGAAGGUUUGUUUUUUUAAGAAAAUUCUGCCUUCAGCUUCACCUCCUGAAGACAUAACUUUUGGGGAAACACUUCAUGCCAUGAGGGAGCAUUUCCAGUAGGAGGCACAGGAAUAUCCACAGUCUAAAAAGAGUGUUAGAGAGUUCCUUGACCUCCCAAAACACAAACCUUUGGCUAUUCCUCCUGUAGUGGAGGUGGUAGAGGAUGUUUUUAUGGACUCCUCCCUGAAUCCAGAUUCUCUGUCCCCAGACCCUUGAAAACCAGACAGGUUUUACAGGGUGCUGAACCCAAAUCUCUCUUCCAAAACCCCUCUGCUGACCCAGAGGUUGUCACCCCAAGUCCCAAGGCAGCUCUUCAAAGAAACCUUUACCUGCUGACAAAGAAAGCAAGACCCUUGAAUAGGUUUGGUUAAAAAAAAAAAAAAAGUGUACAUUUCUGCUACCCUAGCCAUGAGGCCCCUUAACUACCAGUUUCCUAUGAUAAAAUGCCAACAAAGUAUUUUGAAAAAAAUGAAACAAAAGCUGUUCUCCCUGGAGGACAAGAACAUUUCCAAAGAAUUGUUGGACCUUUGCCAUUCCAGCCCCCAGGAGGCUAGACACUCAUUACACUGUGGCUGUGAUGCUAUGGAGGCCUCUAGCCGAGCUGCUGUGUCUGGUUCUGUCAUUAGAAGGAAUGCUUGGCUUAGGAAACAGACCCUUCCAGACCAUGUCAAAUCCAAACUUCUAGAGGCACUUCUGAAUAAGGACAUCCCUUUUUAGGCCAAAGAUGGAGGCUGUGCUAAAAAUAAAAAUAUGGAAGAUAAAGCCAAAUCUAUGCAAACUGUCAAGGACUUCCUCCAAGUUCAGCCUUCUGUGUUUAGUAGGAAUGUUCCCACUAAACACUGGUCCUUUCCCACACAGUCAUAAAAUGGCCAGAGGAAACCCCGGAGGGAAAGGCCUGAAAGGCAGUAUUCAGGCACAAAGGUCUAAAUAGCGGUCCUCAGGAACCCCCAGGCAGGGGAGUUCUGGGCCGCAGGGCCCAGGCAGAGAGCAGCAAGUGACUCUUCCUUUCCCCUUCACCCCCCCAGAAAAGAUAAGGAGGAAGGCAAUCCCUGUUCAGAGAAAAUUGGUCCCCUCACUAUUUCAGAGUGGGUUCUGAAAGUUCUCACAGUUACAGGCUCACUUUCAAAGAGCCAUUAAGAUGUUCGAGUUCCCGAAUGUUCCACAAAAUCAAAGAGCAGAGGCCCUUUCUUAGAUUCACAGACUAUGUUCACAGGGCUCAGUGGAACCAGUACCAGAACAUCAAAUAAGGAAGGGGUUGUAUUCCAGGCUCAUCUGGUUCCCAGAAAGGAAGGCUCUUGGUGCCCUAUUCUAGACCUGACCACCCUCAAUCAGUCCCUGCUGGUGCCAAAAUUCAAAAUGUUGACUCUUCAAACACGUCUUCCCAUGAUAGCCCCUCAGGCUUUAAUAGUCAUUUUAGACCUAAAAGAUGCUUACUUGCACAUUCCUGUAGAGGGAUCUUGCAGAAGUUUUCUUCGUUUCAGAGCAGGCACCAGUCACGUAGUCAUUUUCAGUUCUCUGCGAUGCCCUUUGGCUUGUCUACUUCUCCCAUGGACUUCGCAAAGUUGUUUAGCUCCUGUGAUCUCCUUCUGUAGAACAAGAGGGAUCCAGAUUUAUCCCUGUCUGGCUGACCGCCUCAUUCAAGCCACAAGUUGGUCAAAGCUUCUCUGGGAUAUGGCUUCUCACCUCUUGGGGUUCACCAUAAAUCUUUGCAUAUCCAGCACAGACCCAUCCAUCAGGAUAGUUUUCCUGGGGCUCUUCAGGUUUCCUCCCUUCAAAAGGCAUUCCUCCUUACAGAAAAGGUCUCUUUCCUGACUCAAUACUUACAAAACAUUAUGCAGAGACAAUGCCUCUCAUCCAGAGAAUUCCACAGAGCAUUAGGCUACAUGGUAUCUUGUAUCCUCAUGCGCCCUCUGGCCAGGCUACAUAUUAGGAAGCUCCAGUGGUACCUUAAAAGUCUGGUGUCAGCAGUCGCAGUCCCUGAAAACAGAAAUUCAUCUGAUCCCUUGCCUCAAGGAGGAGUUUCAGUGGUGGAUGCAGGCAUGUGCCCAGAACCUAGACCUCCCCUUCUGGUUCAUCCCUCAGGGCCAAACUUUAAAAAAAUCAGUUCAGACACAACACCCAAAUUGGAAAGAAACGGCAGUGCAAAAGGGCUUAGUAUCUUUAAAAGAGUGGAAACCUGGGGUCCUGCUUGUUAAAACAGACAGUACUACUGUCAUGUGGUACAUAAACAAGGGGGCACUCACUCCCUACCCUCUUUGUCAACUAGCGAUGCAGGUUUGGAACGUUUGUAAAAAAAAAAAAAAGUAACCUUUUAGCAUUUGCUUCAUUUGUGUUUUGUGUAUUUGUGCAAGUUAUAAUGCUGGAUUUUAAUUAAAAAUUAAAGCAGCUUGUAUGCCCUU